AUGGACGACCUUUACGACGAGUUCGGAAACUUCAUUGGCGAAGCCGAGUCGGACGAGGACGUCCAGAGCACUGGCGACGCUGCCGACGCCUAUGUCCUCGACGAUGACGCCGAUGCCGACGCGCGCGACAAUGACCAGCAGCUCAUGGAGGUCGACGACGGCCCCUCCAAUGCCGUUGUCCUGCACGAGGACAAGCAGUACUACCCGUCUGCCUCAGACGUAUACGGCCCCGAUGUCGAGGUGCUGGUCCACGAGGAAGACACGCAGUCGCUGGCCCAGCCCAUUAUCGCCCCCGUCGUCCAGAAGAAGUUCACCAUCCAGGAGGCCGACCUGCUGCCAUGCUGCAGGCACGCGGUGGGUCUAUCUGCAUCCGUUGUCGUGACGCGCUAG